AUGAAAAUUCAAGGAACAAUCAGAAAGACACUAGCAGUUGUGGCACAGGUUGCCGUGGUUAAAUGUGCAAUGUAUGGAGACUUUGACUACUUCAAUGGAGCAGACAUGUACAAUGGUAACAACAGAUGCGGAGGAACCGGCAGAGGAUUUGAAACUCUGGAUGACUCAUACUACUAUGGUGGAAACCAAAACCAGUUUGCAGACAGCGAUGUAGUUGCAGGGUGUAACACUGGAAGAUGUGGCAUUUCAAUGGAAUCCAAUGUUCCAGCAAUUGGAGGAGGUGCAUACCCAAGUGAAGAUGUAUUCCAAGCAUACCCAGGUGCAAUAUCAGGAAAUGCAUACAAUCAGACAUACCAGCCAUACCCAGUAGCUGAUGCAUAUGAGAUGUCUACAGGAUAUUUCAAUACUCCUCAGCCAGUAGCUCAAGUGUCCAACAGCUACCCAGAGGUUUACAGCCAGAUUGCACCAGUAUACUCAGACCCAACUGUCCAUGCACCAACAUGCGCAUUCAGCCAAAACAAUGCAACUGUUGCACAGCAAGUCACUGAAUCAUUUGUUUCCAACGAAGCAACAGAGCCAAUCUCUAUUCUUCUUAAUGGAAGUGUUCCUGUUAACAUGCAGCCAACCACCAUUACCCUUGGUGACCACACAUACCCAUUAAACAAUGCUUCUGUUCCAGCCAUCUCUGCACCAGCCCCAAUAAGCCUGGGUGAGGUCAGCAUGCAUGAGCUUGACUUUUCAGCAGCCACAAUCACUCCACUUCCAUCCCUUACUAAAGAAGAGAUAGCCGCAGCAGAGGCAUCUGCAGCAGGUAUCACUGUAGCACAGCUUAAGAAGGACGAGAAGACCAAGGAGGCCGAUGGCAAAGGAAAGAAAGGCAAGUCUGGAAAGAAAGGAAAGUCUGGAAAGAAAGGAAAGUCUGGAAAGAAGGAUGCCAAAUGCAAGACCGAUCUUAAGAAGAAGAACGGAGUAGCAGGUGUGUCCGCACUUGUUGCCAUUGCAGUUCUUCCAAUGAUUGCAUUGUUCAUGUAAACAGAUCCCU